UACAACAAAUCAAAGAGGCUGAGCAGCAGCAGCCACAACAAAACACCAUCCCAUCCAGCAGACGUUUCUUGUGGAUGAGUUGGCCCAAAACUCGUUUUCGAGUGAUCUUCUUCGGUGGGUUGGCUUUGCGGGUGUUAGCCCGUCCGGAGUUCAUUUAGCUGCCAGCCGGCGAAGAAACCACAACGCAUCGACUAUUGAGUGUCCGAAAAAAAGCUAGAGCUCCUCCGAAAUGCCGUCCCCACUGUGGCUGUUGAUCUCAAUGCUUGUCCUAGUCGGCUCGCAGGACUACCAUUACCAGCCCCCGCAUAUUCCUUUCACAGCUGAAACCUACCACGCCCCUCAGACACCACAGCAGCCUCAAACCACCAAGUUUGUGGUGCAAACUCUGGGUCGUACCUAUGGCCUGGAAACGCAAAGAGCGCCCGCCAUCUACGAGGAUCAUCAGACCCAGGUGAUCCGCGUCUUGGAGCAGCAUCAGGUGCAGCAGCAGCCCCAGACUUACUACCAGGCUCCCCAGCAGCAACAACAGUACAGCUACCCGGCUGCUAUUCCCCAGCAGCUGCACACUUCAUCCUAUGCCAAUCCCCUCCUGGUGAGUGCCAGUUAUCAGGCUCCGCCGCAGGCUUUGGCCCCUCCAGCACCCGCUGCCCCUCCCCAGCCUCUGAGCUACUACCAGCCGCCGCAACAGCAACAGCAACAGCCACUGCUGCCGGCGCACCAGAGGAGUCCUGCUCCGAUUGUUGGAUACGCCACUGCUCGCCAGCAGGCGCCGCAGCCACCGGCCCAGUACCUUCCGCCCCAGCAGCCGCCCCCACAGAAGCUCUUCUUUGGCAACCCUCAGCCAUACGCCUCGGUGAACGUCGGCGGUCAGCAGGUCUUGGAUGCGGGCCACGGCUCAGGAGUGGCUCCCAAUGAAGUGCAGGUCCAGCUGGUGACAGCCACGGGUCAGCAACCCCAGCAACCGCGUAUCGGCGACCAAGUGGGUCAGUCCCAAAGCUCCCAGGUCGACGGCUAUGACUACAAGCAGACUUCUCCCGGAGAUACCCGUGACUACCAGCGAUUUGUCACCAACUGCGGACCUGGAGGACAGUGCCAACGGAAGGAGCUAGGUCCCGGCGAGGUGGACCCCACCCACCAGAGGGCGCUGCAGUUCACCCGGUCCAGCACCCAGCCCCGCAUAGAGGGCUGUUUCAAGAGCCCCGUGAUCUAUGUGCCCGUGGGAGCGGAGGUCAACGAUCAGGGUCAGCUGCGGCCCAAGAACCGCCGACAGAACGAGCGCCAGGAGCAGAUCUUCUCCCGCUACCCCUACAACUAGACUAAUCCUCUCCAAAAAAAAACCGAAUUUCACAUCGAAUUUAUUAGUUUUUACAU